AGACUGUUCUGCCGCAGAUCGGCCUCUAGAGGUCGCUAGUUGUGCGGAGACUGCAGACAAUGUGUGUGCAAAUGUUUACAUCACGUGACCGCGUCUAACCAGCUCCCUCUCUGCAAGAAGCGGGCGGGACUAAGGCAAGCCGAGACAUGUCGGACCCGGCAGAAGGGAAGAAUUUGGGCGCCGAGCAGGCGGACGGGGCUGUUUAUGAGGAUGGCGACGGAUUCUCAGACUUUAGCGACUCGGAGCUGGUGACGCUGCAGGAGGAAGCAAUGAUUGACAGCUGCGGUGAGAGGGCUUAUUAUGGAGGGGGCGUGGCCAAGGCAAGCAUUCUAUUCCCAUUAAAAUCUCUGCGCAUGCGCUGAGUUAAAUGGCUGGCUUUGUCAUUGGGAAAGUUAUUUUCUGAAUGGCUUGUUUUUCCUCCAUUGGAAUUGAGUCGCUUUUAUGAAUGCAUUGCAAUUCAAAAACUUACCAAUAUUACCCAAUAAAAAUACUCACUUUUUUCAACUUACUGCAUUUGCAGAAAAUACCCAACUUCUGCAGGUUUUGCUGUGUGCUUUAACCACACUAAAAAGUAGCAGGAAAAAACCUAAUACAUUCUUCCUGUAUUGUUCUUUGGAAGUGUUGUGCAAAUCAUUUAAACCCCUGCCAGGAUUGCAUAUGUAGUUCAUCAUUAGACAGGGAGUAGUUUCAUUACUGAAAAAAGCAAAUGCUAAAGGACCACUAUAGUGCCAGGAAAACAUACUCGUUUUCCUGGCACUAUAGUGCCCUGAGGGUGCCCCCACCCUCAGGGUUAAAUCUUACCUUUUUUCCAGCACCGGGCGGGAGCUCUCCACCUCCGAUCCUCCUCUUCGGCUGAAUGCGCAUGCGUGGUAGGAGCUGCGCGCAUUCAGCCAGUCUCAUAGGAAAGCAUUCAUAAUGUUUUCCUAUGGACGCUGGCGUCUUCUCACUGUGAUUUUCACAGUGAGAAGCACGCAAACGCCUCUAGCGGCUGUCAAUGAGACAGCCACUAGAGGCUGGAUUAACCUAUUUAUAAACAUAGCAUGUUUAUAAAAAAAAAAGGGUUAAUCCUAGAGGGACCUGGCACCCAGACCACUUCAUUAAGCUGAAGUGGUCUGGGUGCAUAAAGUGGUCUUUUAACCGCUGCAUAAGGUAAUAAAAGCUUAGAGUUUGCAUUCAUUUUCUCAUACCUCUGUUUACAUAUUGUCAUGUUUGAAAAGAGUCAAAAAGCAGUUAAAAUACAGGACUCUUCACAAUGUUUUAAUUUGGCAAAAAGAAAAAAAAACAAGGCUGUGAUAGUAUGGGUGAACUGCACUGCAGAACAUGUUGGUGCUUUAUAAAUGCCACUUAGUUAUGAAAAUUAUAACACAGUCUGUCUGCCAUCAGUUGCUGCAUCUCACAAUGUCUAGCGGGUACCUGUACACAAAACAUAGAGCCAGUGGCCACUUGCAGGAGCAUUCCAGCUAACCCACAUCUGACAGGACAGUCUUGUUUGCGAUAAAUUCCCAACUAAACAGUUUUGUUUUUCUGUUUUGAUAUCCCUUUGGACACCAGAAAGUGCAGUGUGAGUAAUGAAAUAGUCUCUCUGUUUGAAGCCCGUGUAGGAGUGCUUCCUCGAUGCUCUGUGCAUAGGCCAGCCUGCAAUUGGUUGUAUUGGCAAUUUUGCUAGCAUAGUAAACAAACUAAUAUUGUAUAUCUAUCUGAAACUAAUAAUGCAGACAUCCUAACAUGCAAAAAUUAAUUUCAGGGAGGUGGCUGCACACCCCCACAUGCGCCCCCACCCCCUUUGACACACACAUACACACUCAGAUACCCACACUGGCACAUACAUACAUACAUACACACACAGACACUCAGAUACAUAAACUGGCACACGCACACACACACACACACACACACACAUACUUACAAUGGCACUUACACACAAAUCCACACACAGAUACCCACACAGGCACAUACACACAGAUACCCAUACUGGCACAUAGACAAAUAUACACACUCAGAUACCUGCACUGGCACAUACACCCAAACAGAUACACACAUAUACCCACACAGGCACAUACAGUGAGGGGGGAAAGUAUUUGAUCCCCUGCUGAUUUUUAACGUUCGCCCACUAUCACACUGACACAUACACACAAAUACACACACAGAUACCUAGACUGACACAUACACACUCUAAUACUUACAUCUGGCAUACAUACACACACAUACACACAAAUAGAUACCCACACUGGUACACACACAUACACCCACACUGGCACAUACAGUGAGGGGUAAAGUAUUUGAUUCCCUGCUGAUUUUUAACAUUUGCCCACUUUCAAAGAAAUGAUUAGUCUAUAAUUUUAAUGGUAGGUGUAUUCUAACAGUGAGAGACAGAAAAAAAAAAUCCAGAAAAACGCAUGUCAAAAAAGUUAUAAAUUGAUUUGCAUGUCAGUGAGUAAAAAGGUAUUUGACCCCUUUGACUUAGUACUUGGUGGCAAAACCCUUAUUGGCAAUCACAGAGGUCAGACAUUUCUUGUAGUCGGCCAAUAGGUUUGCACACAUCUCAGGAGGGAUUUUGUCCCAUUCCUCUUUGCAGAUCCUCUCCAAGUCAUUAAGGUUUCGAGGCUGAUGUUUGGCAAUUGGAACCUUAAGCUCCCUCCACAGAUUUUCUAUGCCUCUCCAUGACCUUAAUGUGCUUCCUCUUGAGCCACUCCUUUGUGGCCUUGGUGUGUGUUUUGGGUCAUUGUCAUGCUGGAAUACACAUCAACAACCCUCUUUCAAUGCCCUGACUGAGGGAAGGAGGUUCUCACCCCCAAAGCAUAAUGUUUCCACCUCCUGGAGAUGAUGUUCUUGGGGUCUUAGGCAGUAUUUUUCCUCCUCCAAACAAAGCGAGUUGAGUUGAUGCCAAAGAGCUCGAUUUUGGUCUCAUCUGACCACAACACUUUCACCCAGUUCUCCUCUGAAUCAUUCAGAUGUUCAUUGGCAAACUUCAGACAGGCCUGUACAUGUGCUUUCUUGAGCAGGGGGUCCUUGUGGUCUCUGCAGGAUUUCAGUCCUUCAUGGCGUAGUAUGUUACCAAUUUGUCCCAGCUGCCUUGAGUUCAUUAACAAGAUCCUCUCGUGUAUUUCUGGGAUGAUUCCUCUCUAUUCGCAUGAUCAUUGAAAUUCCACGAGGUGAGAUCUUGCAUGGAGCACCAGACCGAGGGAGACUGACAGUUAUUUGGUGUUUCUUCCAUUUGUGAAUAAUCACACCAACUGUUGUUACCUUCUCACCAAACUGUUUGGCGAUGAUCUUGUAGCCUAUUCCAGCCUUGUGUAGGUCUACAAUCAUGUUCCUGACAUCCUUGGACAGCUCUUUGCCAUGGUGGAGAGUUUUGAAUCUGAUUCUAUACCGUUAGCAAUAAUAUGCUUCCCUCCUACUGCUUCGAAGCUGUCACUCAGGUGAAGGGUCGGCGCUUCCUAUAAGGCGAACUAGGCAGCCGUCUAGGGCGCCAUAUAGGAGGGGGCGCCCUGCGCCUCCAUUGCUGGCCCUUUAAAUGCUGCAGCCGCACUGCCUCACCUCCCCUUCCCUGUAGCGUGGUCGAGCUCCUCUCCGGUGUACACUUCCUAUCAGUCUGACAGGAAGUGCACACACAGUGUGCACUUCCUAUCAGUCUGGCCGGAUACAGGAAACAAACUCAUGUACCGCGGACUGUAGAGGAGCUCGGCCACGCUACAGGGAAGGGGAGGUGAGGGGGAGUAAGAAGAAGGGGGGGGGGAGUAAGAAGAACACAGGGAGGGGGAGUGUGGAGAAGGGGAAGUGAGGAGAACACAGGGAGGGUGGGUGGGUGUGAGAAGAGACCGCUAAGGGAGGGUAAGGGGAGGAAAGAGACCACUAAGGGCCUGGAAAGAGCUUUAAGGGACAGAAGGCAGAGCUCUAUAGGAUAGGGAGCUCUUUCACACUACAUGCACACACACACAAUGCAUCCCUGCACACACAGAAACACAACAUGCUUCCCUUACACACAGAGAAACACACAAUGCAUCCAUUACACACACACACAAUGCAACCCUUACACACAAAGACAAUGCAUCCUUUGCACACAUACACAGAAACACACAAUGCAUCCCUUACACACACAGGCAAACACACACACUGCUUCUCUUACAUAUACACAGAAACACAAUGCAUUUCUUACACACCCUCAAUGCACACACUUACAGACACACACCUUGCAUCCCUUAUGCAUACAAACACAGAUUCACACAAUGCAUCCCUUAUACACAAACACACACUGCUUCCACUACACACAAACACACUGCAUCACCUACACAAACGGGUAUCCCUCUACACUACAUUCCAUAAGCACACACAUUAGAUCCUCUACAAUAACACAUACCACAUCCCCUACACACUCCCCUCCCUGUGAGCGAACUCAUGGGUGGAACAUAUAGGUGGACUUAUGGGUCCCAGACCUUGAGCUGUGUAAGGGGCCCCAAAAAAUGGAGCUGUUUCCCGUUCUCCCAGAACAUUGAAUUUUGUGACCACAGUUACAAACAGCCUCCAGAGAUCACGUUCUACACCAGGCCAGUGGAGCCAAACAGCAGCCAGAGCCCAUCACCAUCCUCAUCUGGUUGUAAGUAGGCAAUCUACUAUAUUAUUAGUGACACUAAUCUCUAAUUUACCUCACAUUAAAGGGACACUAUAGUCCCCAGAACCACUGCAGCUUAAUGAAGUGGUUCUGGUGUCUAUAGCCUGUCUCUGCAGGCUUUUUAAUGUAAACACACACUGUGUGCAGCACUGGCAUUAGUUCAUAUGGCAGAUCAUGGGUUGGGUAUUGUGAUGUCACAUGGAAGGUGGGGGGGGCAACAAAUUUUUAUUUUGCCUAAGGCGGCAAAAAUCCUUGCACCGGCCCUGCACAGGUGUUUAACCCCUUAAGGACCAAACUUCUGGAAUAAAAGGGAAUUAUGACAUGUCACAUAUGUCAUGUGUCCUUAAGGGGUAAAUAUAAAUAUAAAUAUAAAGCAGGGAGUGGUAAAGGAGUUAGGAUUAGAGUUUAGAAUAAAGGCAACAUUGAAGUAGUUCAGAUAAAUAUGAAGAAUAACCUGCCUCUAAAUUCUAAAGGUAGAUACUAUACUCCUAAUAAUAUGUUAACCCCCUACUGCUUCGAGGCAGUCCCCAGUAUGACUAACAAGAAAGUGCCCAACCGCUGAGUAAGGUGAACUAAAAACAGAUGCAGCUCACUUCAGCCUCGCCAUACUGUCUGCUCUAAUACUGCCUCAACCUUCCUCCUCCUCCCUCCCGCGCGGUUGUUUUUUAGCUUGGAGGAAAUUACAGCAUACCACUUCCUCCAAGCUGGCAGAUACUGCAGGCUCUUAAAGGGCCGGGUCCCAGACCGGGCCCCUGUUCAGGAACAAUACCCAUCAGGUGGGUAAUGAGUAGGGGGCAUUUAUCAUGUGUACUGUCUUGAAAAUCAAACAUUCAAUCUGCAUGCAUUGUAUGUCAGAUAGUGUGAGUGAUUUCCGGGAUAUUACAUAUGGUGUGCGGGUGUCCGGGAAGCUCAUUAAAUAUGCGGUAGUCUCCCGGACCUAAAGGGAGACUUGAGAUGUCUGUUAAUGUCAUCAAUACUUUUGUUAAAUAGCAAGUUCUCUUUAAAUUAGAGGUUUGAGGUAAAUUAUUCCUGCUAUUUUAAGCUUUGACAGCAAGAUGUUUAUCUGUUAAUUCUGUUAUUUAAAGGUGCCACCUCCAUCCCAGAGAAGAUUGUACAGCAAAAGGAAGGAAAUGACACCCAGGUGAACAUGUAUGUAUUAUGCCACGGUAUAGAAGACCAAAUGUAAGACGAAGAAAGCAAACCCUGUGGCUAAAGGGAGACUUGGCUAUAGUACCAGCAUACCCUUGACCAGUAAUCUUUCAAACUGAUAAAAGAAAACAUGUAUUCCUAGCACUAUAGUGUCCUACUAACUGUUUAGAUUAACACCCCCGUGCAUCGAGAUGAAGUGGUCUGGGUUCCCUUAGUGUCCCUUUAAUGAACAGUUUGACUCUUACCUUGCUGUGUUGGGUUCCCUGUUUGAGUUUGUGUAUUAAUACAUAUGUAUAUUUCUGCAUUAGCAUACCAACGCAUCCAGGGUUACACAGUAUUCACUGGCUGAGACUGGCAGCUGGUCAAUUAACUGGUCAGUUAACAGUGUUUAAACAUGACAUGAGUUGGUAUGUUAAUAUAUAAGUAUGAGCUUUGUUGGACCAACGUAAGGUUAAAGGACCACAGGCCCCCUGUCACAGCAAGGUGAGAGGCAAGAAACUAAUUAACGGUUUGACAGAUUUCUGAUAAACAAUGUCCAGGGACUCCAUGGCAAAUUAACCACUGCUACAGCGUGCUGUAGUUAUUGUGCCUAGAGUACCCUCUAUGGGGGCACAGAACAUAUUUUUCAUGCACAUUACCUAGAGACCUGCAAAAUAAGACUGUCAGUUGUUUUGUUUUUCUUCUCAUCGCAUACGGUUUUAUCUACUUUGGCUUGCUCUGGAGAAGGCCUGAAUCAGUGAACUUGCAAGGUUUAUAUCAUACAUGCACUGAUUAGCAAUUUCGCUCACCCUUUCUGAUGAUUUGGGGAUAAACUACUUAUGCCAUAAAUCCCAACUGGUCAAGGUUUAUAGGGUAAGACUCUUUUCCUAGUGAGGGAGAUACCUGUCCACAAUUGCGUGGAAACUCACUACUUCAAGAGAAACUUUGAACGUAUGGUUUCUUAUUCUUAAUGCAUUAUCUAUAUAAAAGUUUUCUGUUGCAUUAAUGUGUGUAAUAAAGAGUGCACCAGCUGAUGUGGUGCUGUACAGCUUCCGUCAUCCUUUGACAGCAGUCCAGCUAAUUUUGGAGAAACCCCUGUUCCUAUGGGUGGUAGCUCAGCUGAGAUUUUGAAGAUAGAGUAGAUAGAGAUAUAGGGAUAUGUAAUUUUCUCAUUGUUGCCAUACAAUGUUAUUCUACUGGUAUUAGUUGAAAUCAGCUUACUAGUUUUGUCUCUUUGUUUUCAGUAAAAAUGAUCUUGGCACCACUGUAGACAUACACCAUGGAGACAGGGGAGAAUGCAGUGGCAGUAAACAGAAUUCUCCUGGAUCUCCACAAAUAAAAAGGAAACGCCUGCCACAGACUCCGAUGGAGAAAUAUCGUAUGAAGUACUUGUGGGUGACUAACUUGUGCUCCCAGACAUGGUGCGAACAGCAGAUGGUGUACGAAUUUGAGUACCCAGAAUUCCUGGUGACAGAGAAAAGUGCUGUAAUAAAUGCAGGAUCUAGUAUACAUCUAGCCAGAGGUGAGCCAAGCUGUGUAUUAAUACUAACCUGCUUGUAUUGCUGCACAGAUGUCAGGCAAAGUUUGCAAAUUCAUUUAAAGAUAACAAGCACUAGGAUUGCCACUGCAUGCUGCCAGUGCGGAUGUGUCACAUUACUAUACCAUGCUUUUUAGCAAUAGUAAUUCAUUAAAGGGACACUGUCAAUACAAUUAUAUACAAAUAUGAUUUCAUCAAAACAAAUACAAAAAGGUGAAUAUUUUUUGUAUAGCAAACUGCUUUCUUUUUAUCCUCUCCUAUUGAUGUCCAUUUCAUGGUCACAUCUAACCAUAAAACUUACUAUAAACCCCUGACAAAAAAAAGUGGUACCUAGGAGAUGGGGAAAAAUAAUUUAAGAUGAAGAAAAUUUUGUGUUGCAAUCAGCUCAGUGUCACGGUUAUAUUCAAAUAUGAAAAUACAGAAUGGUGAACUGGAAAAGAUCACAUGAAGUGUAUGAUGUCUGUAUGUUUUUUUGAGAUCAUGCAUCUAUUCUGCAUUGUAUGAGAAUUUAUUAAUCACUGCAGUCUUUCCCUGUACUUAUGCUGUUUGUGCCUUAAACAUAAGACAAAGUAGUAAGUGUAGUUUAAUAUAAGUUAAUAUAGGCAGGUCACCUGUAAGAUUCAAAUGCCAUGCGAAUAUGACACUGGAAAUACAAUUUAUGUAUUCUGCUAGCCAAAUUGGUGGAGUGUCUAUUGAUAAAUAUUCAAGGAAAAUGCAAGAGGCACCCCACUCGCUAGAUUGCUAUUGUGGAUGGUCCAUUACUGCAUUUCUGUACCAAUUUAAUCCCAAGUUUGUACAGUCCUGAUAGAUUGGAUAGUCUGUAAACUGGUGCACUUCUGAUGUCUUGUGAUGUAUUGUUCAUGGUGCUUAACCUACCCCUUUUACUAUAUUUUUACACCUCCUGUUCUUUUAUACAAAUGUAUUGUCCUACUUGACAUUGCGAAAGUAUGCAACUGCAUGCUCAUACAAUGCCACAUGUGUAUUCUCACACUGUUUGGUCAUUUUGGGAGCGAGCACACGUGUAAUAGCAAAAUUCUAAUCUAACCGAAGUACAUUUAGUUUUCUAAGUCAUUUAAUUCAGCUUGGCAAAUACAGUUUGUUGUAAUAUUAUAUGUCCACACACACAAUCAGAUAUCUAGAGCGGAAUUUAGGUGUUUGGAUGGCUAAAUACAGUCAUAUCAUGCCCCGUUUCCAAGCCAAACCAGCCAUGUCAAACACUGAAGGUUUCAGGUGUUGGGAUUGCGUACCUGUACAUGAGCACAAUUUAAACUGUGGUGUCUUUUCCUCUAAUGGACCUAUGACAAAUACUUAUACUUCAAGCAGCAUGCUUGGCAUAUACCCAUUAAAUGCAGGUACUAAAGUUAGAUAGCUACUCCCUACAUCAUUUGCCAGUAAAUUAAUGCAAUAUUCCUGCUGCAAUUAACUAUGUUGAAAUUGAAGUAGAGUGUGAUUAUGAAGGAGUUUUGUGAUUUAUUUAUUUAGAAAAAAAAUUCUGUUCAAUUUCUGUAAUUUGCAAUAUUUGGGGGGGAGGGGGAUUAAAUACUAAUAGCUAAUAUAAAGACACAUGUUUUAAAUUAAUUCAUCUUCCUAUGUUAUAAUUUUGUAUGGAAGUCUAACGUUAAAGACCAAAUAUUUGUUACAUUUUGUAAAUCAUUGUAAGGUAAGCGCUAAAACAGUUUUGUUGGUGUGUAGCAGCAAUAAUCUUGCCAUGGGUCUCUCCUUCUGGCUAAAGUAAUCAUAAUUCACAGUAGAAUGAUGGUUGCACUUCAGUUGGAUAUGUUUGUAAGACAAAAAUAUUUUUUUUUUUAAAGUCCAAUGGCAAAGUUUAUUUCUUUGUCAGGACAGAAAUAAGUAUGGAGUGCAACUUGGAUGAGGUGGAGCUUCACACCAGCUCUGGGGUGGGACCUGGGCACCUAAAGAUAUGUGGGAUAUUUUCAUGUACUGUAUGUUGGUCCUCACCAAGACAUGAAACACAGAGCAUAAUACAGGAACAAUAUAUGGUGUACAAUGUAAAGCGGUUUUUCAUAAUAACGUAAUGAUAUUAUGCACUUACAUGUAAUGGAGCCAUACGUGGCUCCAGUAAAUCAGCAUACAGCGAUACAAUCCCCAAAUUAAGCAGUGCAGUGUGCAAAGGCAAUCAUGGACAUGUGAAAGCAAUAAACCAUUGUACAUCAUUAACACAUACUAACACAAUCUGUUAUCCUGAAAUUAAUUCUUAACUAUAAUAUCUAUUCCUGGCCUACUCUGUGCAACCUGUCAGAGUGAUAAAUUGUACUGAUCAACACUUUAAAUUGAACGCAGCCAUAAUUUCAGUGCAUGUAAGCUUUCUUACUUGUUAAGUGUGACAUUUCAUUUUUAGAGCUGGAGGUUCAUGAUGUUGUAUCGGUGAAGACACAGACAAGGGAAGAUACCUGGGCAAUAAAAUUACUGAAUAUAUUAUCAAUGAUCCCAGUUUUACAGUCUGGUAAGUUAACAUAUUUAGAGACCUGUAACAACAGUUAAUUUGUCUUUCUAUUCCCUGCAUCUUCAGGGGCAUAUUUAUUAAAAAGACACUAAACAACACUUCGUUUUAGGAAGUGGUCAGGGUGCAGUAGCCCCGUCCUUUUAACUCGGCAAUGUAAAAUAGUGCAGUGUUUAGAACUCGCAAUGCUUACGUUGCAGGGUUAAAUUCACUUCUAGUGGUUGUCUUCUUAACAGCCACUAGAGGCUCUUCUGCAACACUGACCGAGAAAAGCUCUAUCCCAUGAAGCAGAAGCCCACAGAAAAGCAUUGAAUUCAAUAAUGUUGGAGAGACAGAGAGGUAAGCAGCGUCGGAGGAGCCUUGAUACUGGGAAAAAGGUGAGUAAAAUGUUGAUUUCAUUGUUAUCGCACUAGGGACACCAUAGCAUUAGGAAUACAUUUUUGUAUUCCUAAAGCUAUAGUGUUCCUUUAAAAGCAUAGUUGUAAUCCAUCAGUUAAAUUCCACAGGGUCUUUUUGCAUCUAAUAUUUAGACCAGUAGUAGUCAACCAUUUUCUACCUACCGCCCACUAAUUCAUCUUUCUUGAUGGAAAAAUUUUCUUAGAAAGUGUGUUUUAAAAUAAAUAAAUGUACGUACAUUUAUCUUUUUAUUUCUACUUAAUGCAUGUUUAGAAUGCUUUUAACUUUAUAAAGUUUAAUGAGAAAACAAUAAAGUAAAUUGAAAUUACCUUUACUAGUGAUUAAUGAGAUCCUUGAGGUUGAUGCUGCGAGACUAAAUAUUUGAUAUCUGUUUCGAUUUUCGUAAGGAACAAACGAAGGUCUCCUCUUUCGGUGAUAUUCAGACGACUUCUCUAUUUGCGCAUAAUAUGAUUUCUCAUCUGUGCGUCAGCUCCCCUCCUUUCCCUCCUCAAUUCCCCUCCCCACCUUUUAUUUUUCCUUUUUUCUAUUUUUUAACCUUCCUUAUAGCAAUCCCCAGUAGGAAGGCUGAGCUAGGGAGCCCACUUACUAUUACUUACUAUAGCCCACUAUAACAGACAGACACACACACAAGACACACACACAAGACACACAUACACACAUGUAAAGACACAUACAUACAAACAGACAGGCACACAUACAUACAUACAUGCAUACAUACAGACAGGCACACAUACAUACAGACACACACAUAGACAUGCACACAUACAUACAGACACACACAUAAGACAUAUAUACAAAGACACAUACAGACAGACACAAGACACAUAUACAUACAAAGACACAUACACACACACAACACAUACAUACAAAGACAAGACACACAUAUAUACAGACAGACACACGCACACAAGACAUACAUACAAAGACACACACAUACAUACAAAGACACAUACAUAAGACACACAUACAUACAAAGACACAUAGACACACACAUACAUACAGACACACACAAGACAUACAUACAAAGACACACACAUACAUACAAAGACAUACACACAAGACAUACAUACAAAGAUACAUACACACAAACAAACACACACAAAAUAUUUUAGUCACCCCCCUGUUUCCUACCUUUUAGGUGCAGGAGGGUGACAUUCCCUGGGGUCCAGUGGUGGCUCAGGUGGAUGGGAGUCAGAGUUCCUACUCUGACUCCCUCUGCUUCUUCCCCCGCGGUCUGUGUGUUAGCUGGGAGGAGUGACGUGCAGUCACUUCCUCCCAGCUCUGUGAUGUAAUGACAGGGGGCCUGGUCGCGCUGUUAAAGUGCCCAGCGCUGACCGAGCCCCCUUACAAUCCACAUCCAUCGGGUGGCCCUGACAGCACGGGCCACCCGAUGGACCCCUUGGACGUUGGCCCCGGCUGCUUGCCGUGCGGGCCGGGGCCGCAAAUGGUGAUGGUGGUACCGGUCGCACAGGUACCGCUGGCUCGCACCCGCCUGCAUGCCCGCCCACCCAAUCUCUCAAAAUGAGGAAAUCCCUACCACCCACCUGGAAUCCUGAAACACCCACUAGUGGGCGGUAGGGACCAGGUUGACGACCCAUGAUUUAGACAAAGUCUACUGGGGAUCAGGUGAAUUUAUGUGUUUGACAUGGCAAAUAGAAACAUAGGGUGUUGUUUAUACACAUAUCACCCUAUGUCACAUUCUGUUUGGCCAUGCUUUUAACUGCAAACUUUAAAGUAUACAGACCCCUGUGUAAUAACACUAGAACAUCUCUCACACUUCAGUACAAAGGUGCAAGUAACUAAAAAGCUUUUAUUUUUGUUUUUUGUCCAAAUGGAUAUGUGGAAAUGUUAUUCCUUUGACAUACCUUUUCAAGGCGGUGGUUGUAAUCACAAAAAAUAAACUCAAACCACAUGGCUUUGUAAAUAUGUCCUUGAUUUAUAUAUUAAUUGCAUACUUUCAAACAUUGAUCAAUAGUCAUCAGUAUUUGCCGUGUGUUCUGCAGAUGUAUACUGUAUCCUAAGGGUGUUCAGUAAUGGAAAUGACACGGACGUUUGCUGAAAUCAGAUUGAUCCCUUAAUACAUAAAUAAUAGGGUUUCUGCAUAGCUUGGUUUACUUUUAUAUAUGUGAAUAGGUUUCCUGUUAUUUCAUAAUUCUACUGUGCUUAGGUUUUACUGUUUUUCCCAGCUCCACAUUAAAGUAUAUGGGUCAGAUAUAAAACAUUUCUUUCCAUUUUUAUUAAAUAAUGAUUAAUACCAACAACAAUAAGCACGUCUUUUGUUCUGUGUGUGUAUAUAGCUCAAUUGUUUUGUUGGCCCUGAGCCCUGUGUAUUGUUUAAUGAUUGUGUAUUGCAUAAUAGCCACUUUUGUGUUUUUAUAGUUUUUUCUUAAAGUGCAGAGGGAAUGAAGGUUGGGGCAUAGCAAAACAACAAUAUUACAUAUAACAGGAGAUUGAUCUUUUAUUUAAGAAAAUAAAUACACUGUAAGGUACAUUCAUUUAGGUAAUGUUUGUUGAAAUAUUGUAUUUCAUAACUAUUAAAUAUGCCAUCAGAGAAAAUAUAGUCACGUUUUGAUUUAUUAUGGUCUUAAAUGUGAACAGUGUUCUGCAAUUUUCACAUAAUACUCUCCACAUGCUCUGUGUUCCUUUCUCUAUGCUGUAAGGAAGUCAUAUUCGUGAAUUUCCUGUUUUUGGAGUCCUGGACGGUGUAUUUAUGGCGGGUGUGAUAGAUGAGCUGGGAUAUUCAUCCAAAGGGGAGCUGGAACUUAGAGAACUGAAAACUCGGGGAAGUCGAUCGUUACCAAGAGGUGCCCAGAAAAGGAGUCACCAGUUCCAGGUACAAUGCAAAACAGUGAUGUUUCUGAUAUAUUCAAAAAAGUGUAUGCUAAUGGUGUGCUUUGUUACAUUUCUUUUUAUGAUUGCUUUACUUUUAUUAAUGAAAAAAGUGGUGUAAAUAUAUAUAUAUACACACACAAGCUUCAAAAGCCUGGGCUACAAGAUGUAUACAAUUCCAAAAUGAAGGCUGCACUCCAGUCUUAAUAAAAAUGCCAUUAUUUUAUUAGAACAUUUUUUAAAAGAUCAAUGUUUUAGUCCUCUCUAGGGACUUACAUCAGGAUACAAAACAAACAUGUUUAUCCUGAUGAAAGUCUCUAGAGAGGACUGCAACUUUGAUCUUUUAAAUUUUAAAUUUAUUUCUAAUAAAGUAUUUGAUUUUUAUUAAGACUGACGUGCAGCCUCCUUUUGAAUUUGUGUGUUUUAUAUAUAUAUAUAUAUAUAUAUAUAUAUAUAUGCAAGGAGACCUCAAACAAUAUAAUGGCUUAUGUUCCAAUCAGCAUUGUCCUGUGUGCAUCUACUUAAAACAUUAAAACGACAGUGAUUUUCCAAAAUUGCUGCAGUUAUUACCACCCACCUUACAGACUUGAAAAAAUUCUGUUACAUCUAUAAUUCCAUAAACCUCUCUAAACCUCUCUAGGACAUGCAUGCAUUGCUUCAGUAGUACCAUGCGUACAGGAAUGCAGGGGUUAAGUUAAUCUACAAAUGGUACCUGCAAAGAAUGUAAAUUAAAAAAAGUAAUGAAAUCAAAUUUUCUUUUUUGUCUAUAAUUCUAGCUAACACUCUUCAGUCAGUUUCUGUUUGAUCAAGCCAAAAAAAUUACCCUUAUUUUUCACUUAGUUUCUUUCUAGAUAUUGUUUGUGUUAGUCUGUCUUUUCAUCACCUCUAAACAGCAGAUUUUUGGAAUGGCUAGUCAAUGUAGCAACAUCCCUGGGUAGUUCACUGGAAUUUGCUGCCCCUGACCUGAUUCUUAAUAUUUAGCUCAGUAGACUUUGCUUUUUACAGGUUUAGCCAUGAGUUUUGCUUUUGUAACUUUGCUAUACUAAUCCUUUUUACACCACAAUAACACUAGCAAUAUCACUUUUAAAUAUAGAAUGCUGUUAUGCUAAUAACUUGUGUGUAGACAUUACAGUAUGUUUAAUUUCUCUUUUUAGGUAUCAUUGUACAAGCUUCUAUUUGAUGGAAUGGUGAGUGGAGGUCUACAGCCAGAGAUGUUUUUUCAACAUUUGUAUUUGAAGCCAGAGCAGUCUUUGGGACCACAAGUGAUCGAACAUGCCAGUAAAGUUGGUUUUAUUGCAUCAAAUUUCAAAGAACUCUUGGAGCUCGCAUGUCUGAACCUGACUUUCUCAGACUUACCUAUGAUUGACAACUUAAAAAUUGAAUAUUGUUAUCAAGAGGACAGUUCACUAUUGGGAUGUGAAUUUGUUAUUUUUGAGAGGGAAAUGGUGCUGGAACAGUUGACAUUUUACUUGGCCUUCUGGAAGGGACUGAGGGAGACUCAGGGAGUUGAUAUAGAAGAGGCCUGGAAGUGCCAAAGAUGUAGCUUUUCUAAUAUAUGUGAGUGGAGAGCAAGAAAAUCAGCUUGUAAUCAGACCAAGAGACCUAAAUGAAGAAACCUCAUAACCAAAUUGUCAAAAGCACAAAACCUUAUGGAAUUCCAUUCCCCUACUUGGAAGCUGUCAAUCAGUCAAACUAAAUACUUUCUACGUGCUGCCUAACUUUCUAUUUUACAAGAAUAUUUAUAAACUAAGUAAGACUCAUUUUAUUGUUUGAAGACUAAAAAUGAAAAAAAAUAUUUUAACAAUUUUAACACUCCGUUCCUAGUUUGUAUGUAAAUACCUUGGCAAAAUGAAUUGCCUUUCCAAAAGCUUAAAGUCAACCUGUAGAACAUUAUAGUGCAAUGUAUAAUUUAACAUAAAGAUACAUUUUGUACUGAAUUUAUUUAGGAGCUGAGAUGCCAUUCCCUCCUUUAGUUCAUCAACAUGAGACCAAAAUGACAACAGUUAAUCCUUGUCCAUAUUCUAGCACUGGAAGGGAGAGCAGGAGAACCACUUCUAAACUUCUACUAGCAUCAUUUAUAUAUCUAUAUUUAUUCUUUGUUUUGGUUUUUCCUUUUCUUCUUUCAUUUUAAAUAAUUUUGGGUGUAUAAUGAUAGGCACAUGGAAUUUGUGUUUUCUUGACCAGACGUUGUUACAGACUGAGCUUCCUGAAUUCUAAAUAUGACCACUCAGCUGAACAAAAAAGGACCAAUGAAUGGCACAAAUCGAAAUAGUAGAAAUUUGUAUCAGACAUUAGGUUGGGAAUCCUGGAUACUGUCUACAAUCCUAAACAGACAAUAAAAUACUUUCUAGUAGUGAAAUAAUAAUGUCAUGUAUGUAUGUAGACAUAUUUAUUUUGAUACGUUAAAUAAAUAAGCCUCAAAUUAAUUUAUAUAAGAUUCUUUGUAUUGAACAUAUAUGUAUGCUUUUGUAA